AUGGAUGGAUGGAUGGAUGGAUGGAUGGAUGGAUGGAUGGAUGGAUGGAUGGAUGGAUAAAUCCUCUGUAAUUUGUUCCAGACUAAUGUCAAUGGAAAGGAAUUUUUCAUGUUCCCACAUCAUAUUCCUGUGGAGAGAGUCCGGGCCAUCCAGGUUGCAGGAGAUGUUUCCAUCCAAACUAUUAACAUCAUUGGGGGCUCUGGAGGUGGUACAGGCCCUGGAGGAAUGGGGGGAGGAUAUCCAGUAGGAGGAAUGGGAGGAGGAUAUCCAGUAGGAGGAAUGGGAGGAGGAUAUCCAGGAGGAGGAAUAGGAGGAGGCUAUCCAGGAGGAGGAAUGGGGGGUGGAUGUCCUGAUGGCACAGGGGGAGGAAAAGGCGGAUACCCAGGAGGCCCUGGAGGAAACAUGGCUGGAGGAUUUCCAGGAUCUCAUCUGCCGGGUAUGGGUGGGCAGCCCGUCUACAACCCAACUGUGCCCUACUACGCUAUGAUCCCAGGAGGGAUGUGCCCUAAGAGGACCAUCAUCAUCAGGGGCAUGGUACCCUAUGCAGCAAAGAGGAUGGGGUUCAAUUUAGUGGUGAGCAGAUCCAGAGACAUCGCCUUCCACAUGAACCCCAGAGUGAAGGAAGGUGUUGUGGUGCGAAACACCAGGAUAGCAGAGAAGUGGGGCAAGGAGGAGAGAGAACUCACCACAAAUCCCUUCGUAGAGGGACAGUACUUUGAUAUGUCCAUUCGCUGCGGGAACCAGAGGUUCAAGGUGUUUGUGAACGGGCAGCACUUGUUCGACUUCUCUCACAGAAUCUCCUUCAAUGAGAUCGACAAGCUGGAGAUAGAGGGAGAAGUUCAGAUCUCCUACAUCCACUUCUGAUCCGCUCAUUAUCUAUGCACCGUCCUUCUUUAUGUCACAUUAUGCUUUCAUUUUACAGUCUAUGUCACCUCAGGUUAUUUUUACUUGCUGUUUUAUUUUUCAGUUUGCAGCUACUUAGUAAACAUUCCAAUUCUUCAGAACAAAUGAGAAUAAAUCACCAGGAUUAACGUUCAGCAAAAGAAUGUGUCUUUGAAUUUAUUCAUUUCUUAUGCAAAAAUACUGUAGAAAAGAUUCUCAAAUAUUGACAAUAUCAAAGAAGUUAUUGUAUAAAAUCCUUAAAAUGUAAAAACACCAAUAGAAUAAACACAUAUUCA